AAAAUCGCAUAUAAACCAGUGUCAUUUGUUAUUCUCACCACCCUUAUAACUCAGUCACAAGAACGUUUCUCAUCUCUAUCUCUCCGCCUGUCAUUAAAAAUAUCACAACAACAACAAGAAGAAGAAGCUCUGAUUCAACUGAAGAGCAGAGGAAGAAUUCAAAGAACAAAAACAUGGGUAAGGGCAUGUCAAUUCUAUUGGUGAUUUGUGCGGUGGUGUUUUUGAUGGUGAUUUCGUCGAAUGUGGAAGCUUUUGGAGAACACAACUUGGAUUGGAUGCCGUCUUCGUUUGGUGAAGGGACAAUCGGAGAAUCUUUGGAAAUUGAAGAGUUUCAGAUGGAUUCAGAGAUUAGUAGACGUAUUCUAGCAACGACGAAGUAUAUUAGUUACGGUGCAUUGAGGAGGAAUACUGUUCCUUGUUCAAGAAGAGGUGCAUCUUACUAUAAUUGUAAACCAGGUGCUCAGGCUAAUCCUUACAGCCGUGGGUGCAGCAAAUUGAGCAGAUGCAGAAGUUAGUAAAAGAAUUUCAUUUCUUUUCUCUCUUUUGGGUUGAUUAUACUGGUGGAUUUAUGGUGGUGGUGGUGGAGGUGAUUUUGAUCAGAUAAGAAACAAAAUAUAUAUGUGAUGAUGAUAAAUUUGAUGCUUGUUAUUGUAAAAACCAUAGCUUUAUAUAAUUUCUUGUAAUAAUACUACAAUUUAUUUUCUAUUUUUUCUACUCAA